AUGGUUCUCCAAGCAAUAAAGUACACGCGCGGCUCCCUCCAGAUUCUGGACCAGCUGAAACUUCCUCACGCCGAAGUCUACGACGAUAUCCGCACCAGCACCGAUGCAUGGCACGCCAUCAAGGAAAUGCGCACGCGCGGCGCGCCGGCAAUAGCAAUCGUUGCGGCGUUGGCCCUGGCAGUCGAGCUUGAGAAUAUCGCGACCAAGGGCGAGCUCUCGCAGUUUGGAGAGGAGGUCAAGGUGUUCAUUGAGGAGAAGCUGGAAUACCUGGUUACGAGCAGACCGACGGCAGUGAAUCUGGCGGAUGCGGCACGAAAGCUGAAGAAGGCUGUCGAGGAAGCUGCGAAGGACGACAGUGUAUCGGGAGAGGCCGUAAAGGAAGCGUACAUCAAGGCCGCGGAGAAGAUGUUGGUGGACGAUGUACAGGAUAACGAGGCUAUCGGUAAACAUGGUGCCGAGUGGGUAGUGAAAAACACGGAGGUAGGGAAGAGCGGGCAAGUCAGCAUGUUGACGCAUUGCAACACUGGAUCUCUCGCCACAGCAGGUUAUGGCACGGCCCUUGGUGUCAUCCGAUCUCUUCACUCCAACGGCUCCCUCAAGCACGCCUUCUGCACCGAGACUCGGCCGUACAACCAAGGCUCCAGGUUGACUGCCUUUGAGCUUGUUCAUGAUAAUAUUCCUGCAACUCUUGUCACCGAUUCAAUGGCUGCCGCCCUGCUACGGCUCAAAGGACCAUCAGAGCGCAUUGCGGCUAUCGUAGUGGGCGCCGAUCGGGUGGCUGCCAACGGCGAUACUGCAAACAAGAUAGGCACGUACUCGCUAGCGAUAGCAGCAAAGCAUCACGGUGUCAAGUUCUUGGUUGCUGCGCCCAGGACGACGAUAGAUCUGGACACUCAGAGCGGCGAGGGCAUUGUGAUAGAAGAGCGGCCGGGCAAGGAGGUGACUAUGAUCAAGGGCCCGCGACACGACGGGGCUUCGCUGGACCUGCAGAACGUCGAGACGGUUAGCAUUGCGGCGAAUGGCAUUGGCGUAUGGAACCCGGCAUUUGAUGUGACGCCCGCGGAGCUUAUCGAUGGUAUAAUCACGGAAGUUGGAGUGGUGGAGAAGGGGAGUGACGGAGGUUUUAAUUUGCAACGCUUGUUUGACGAUACCCCACUAGAUAAGCCCUCGACCAUUGGAGGGAUAUGA